AUGGCCCCGCCGUUCCCCUACGCAGGCUACUCGGAAGAUGUCGUCCGAAGAGUGCGCGUCCUCUUCGGCGGAAAGUUCGUGGUUGACGCGCAGAAGCCCAAGCUCGUCUGGGAACACCCCUACUUCCCCUGCUACUACUUCCCCAAAUCGGCCGUCUCGUUCGACCACCUGCAGAAUGCACGACUCCUCGAGGAUUCGAGCAAGGAGAAGCUGUACUACGACCUCGUCGUGGGCGACCGCACCGCCGAGGCUGCCGUGAUCCUGUUCCAAGACGGCCCUUUCAAGGAUUUUGUCAAAGUCGUCUUUGACAAGGCGGAUGCGUGGUUCGAGGAGGAUGAGCGCGUCUAUGCGCAUCCGAAGGAUCCGUACAAGAUCUUCCCCUCCUCCAAGCAUGUUCGCGUCGAGAUCGAUGGCGUCGAGGUUGCCAAUACCAGGAAGCCGAAGCUGCUGUACGAAACGGGCCUGCCAAUAAGGUAUUAUAUCCCCAUGACGGACGUCCGGCUGGACCUGCUCACGCCGUCGGACAGCGUUACGACGUGUCCAUACAAGGGCGACGCAAGCUACUUCGACAUCACCCUCCCGUCGACAGGAGCAAAGAAAGAAGGCCUCGUGUGGUGGUACAAGACGCCCACCCUGGAAAGCGCAGAGAUCAGAGGCCAUGUGGCGUUUUAUGACGAGAAGUUGGAUGUCUGGGUCGAUGGGGUGAAGCAGGAGCGGCCGGUGACGAAGUGA